GAGAGAGAGAGAGAGAGAGUGUUUGUGUGAGAGGCUCGCCUACUUUGCCGUUGCUUCGUAAAUCUCUUUACCCGAAAAGGGCAAUUUUAUUUUUAAGCUCUAUUUAUUUUAUUUAUUUAUAUUUAUUUAAAGCGAACGAAAAAGACUCCCUGAAGAAAAAGACUCCCUGAAGAAACUCGAACGAACGACCUCGUCGGAAAAAAAAAAAGAAAAAAGAAAAAUUUUUUUUAUCUCGUUUUUCGUUUUAGUAUUUUUGGGGUGUAAAAAAAAAAAGGAGAACAGGGUGUAGAUUCAUGGCGAUCGCGCUGGCGCUCGUGGUGGUUCCUCUCGGCCUCCUCUUUCUCCUCUCGGGGCUCAUCGUUAAUCUCAUCCAGGCCAUAUUUUUUGCUUUGAUUAGGCCUUUCUCAAAAAGUCUAUACAGGAGGAUCAACAAAUUUUUGGCCGAGUUGUUGUGGCUUCAGCUUGUGUGGCUUGUUGAUUGGUGGGCAGGUGUUAAGGUCCAAUUGUAUGCAGAUUCUGAAACUUUCCAGUCAAUGGGUAAAGAGCAUGCACUUCUCAUUUCUAACCACAGAAGUGAUAUUGAUUGGCUUGUUGGAUGGAUCUUAGCUGAGCGUUCAGGCUGCCUCGGCAGCACGUUAGCUGUCAUGAAGAAAUCGUCAAAGUUCCUUCCAGUUAUAGGCUGGUCCAUGUGGUUUACCGAGUAUCUCUUUUUAGAGCGAAGCUGGGCAAAAGAUGAAAACACACUGAAGUUGGGUCUGCAACGGUUGAACGAUUUCCCCAUACCAUUUUGGCUUGCUCUUUUUGUUGAGGGAACUCGCUUUACACCAGCAAAACUUUUGGCAGCUCAAGAAUAUGCUGCUUCACAGGGAUUACCGAUCCCUAGAAAUGUGCUGAUUCCUCGUACUAAGGGAUUUGUUUCAGCUGUAAGCAUUAUGCGUUCUUUUGUCCCAGCUAUAUAUGAUGUAACUGUAGCUAUUCCCAAAGAUCAACGUCCACCUACAAUGCUUGGGAUUUUGAAAAGGCAAUCUUCAGUGGUACAUGUCCACAUCAAACGACACGCAAUGAGCGAUCUGCCAAAGACUGAUGAUGCAGUUUCGCAGUGGUGUAAGGACAUAUUUGUGGCGAAGGAUGCCCUACUGGAUAAGCAUAUAGCGGAGGAUACUUUUGGUGCUGAGCUUAGACCAAUUGGUCGGCCCAUGAAGUCCUUACUGGUGGUCCUGUUCUGGUCGUCUCUGCUAUCAUAUGCUGCGUACAGAUUCUUCGUUUGGACUGCACUCUUGUCCACAUGGAAAGGAGUUGCAUUCUCGACGGCUGGGCUAUUACUGGUAACCGUACUUAUGCAAGUUUUUAUCCGGUUUUCCCAGUCCGAGCGCUCGAGCUCUGCCAAAGCAGCACGGAACCGAGUGAAGAAAGAAUAGAGUACUAAAACAUAUUAGAGGAAUUGCAAGUUUGGUGUAACCUAAAUUAUUGCUGGCAGAAUUAGGGCAGAACUUGAUAAGCUAUUUAUUAUCCACAUCAUUUUGUUAUACAAAUAGGUUUCAUUGUGAUUUGGGGUGUAGGAACUCGUGGAAGGCCCCUCCUUUUGUAUGUCCUAUAUUUAGCUUUGGGAAGUGUUUUACGGCCGCAGGUGUUUUCUAAGUUUGGCAUUAAACUUUUCACUGUAGCAGGACAAAGAUUUAAAUGUAUCAAUUCAUUAAACUUCUCUGAAUGUGAAGAUGGUUUGCUUCU